GACGAAUUCGCUCCGUUUUUCACGAUCAGUAACGCAAUUCUCAGAAGUCUGACAGCAUCGCGUCUUGAGACCAUUGUUCUCUCGUUGCUCAUCCGAUUUCUCGUCGGAAUCGGUCACAAGGGCGAAGCUGCGACGGCAUUCCUGCGAGGAAGCCGCGUUCGCGCUCCUUUCGCGGAUUAUCAAAACCUCGGCUCAAUUUCGGUAAACGUCGAUUAAAGUCAAAGUUAGACCGUUUCCGGUCGUCACCGUUACGGUCAAUCAAUCGCGCAGUUUUCCAUGCGGAUCACUGCCAGAUAUUCGUUCUCGCAAAGAGAUGACGUAAAUCGACGCGCAUCAUGCUUGUAGUACAGAAUAAAGUUUAGAUUUGUUGUGGACUUUAUUGAAUAUUGCUCAACAUUUCGUCGCGUUCGCCCGCUCUACCGUCCACUCCCGCGCUUCGUUCGAAGCGGUUCCCGGCGUUCGUUCGCCUCUUCUCGUCGCGAACAAAUUUCUGGUCCUUCGAGCCGGAUCGGUGAGUGCAGCGUAUUACCGGGUGUAAACCGAAGUGAUUGUGAGCGGGAAGAACCAUGGAGAGGCAAAUGCAGGUGCAGCGCCAGAUCGUGCGCUACCUCGAUAAUUUCAAGAAGAUCGGCCGGAAUAAUUAUACUCCGGCAAUCGUGCGACAUCGAAUGCGGACCUUAAAGGAGCUCUGGAUGCAGCUCACCGAUGGCCACGCUAUGCUGGAGAAGACCGUUCCGGAAUCUACCUGGGCGAACGUGAGCUACUUCUCCGAGCAGGUCUAUGAGGGCACCGAGGUCAUCUACUUGACUGCACUGGAUUUCAUAGCCGAAAUUCUCGAGGAACUCGAGCCUCCCGUGAGCCCGCACUCCGUCGAUUCUUCUUUUCAGCGCAGUUCGCGAUCCGCGUUUUCGCUUUCUCACUUGCCGCCCAUUCAAUUGCCGCCGUUCGACGGCAGCAUAACCGAGUGGGAAUCAUUUCGUGACCGUUUUACAACGCUCAUUAUUGAAAAUAAGGAGCUCAAUGAUUUCACGAGAAUGCAUUUUUUAGUUUCGUUUCUUCGCGGUCGCGCUCUCGAAUGUCUCGCCGAUUUCGCAGUAACGGCGGAUAAUUUCUCGGGCGCGUGGCGCGUGCUGCUCGAUCGCUACGAUAACAGACGUCGUCUGUUAACGGCUCAUUUGUCGACGUUGCUGAACCUGCCUCGGUUAUCUCGGGAGUCAAUGUCCUAGCUCCAAGCCUUACGCGGAAAAAUAAAAUUAACUAUCGCGGCGUUGGAACAUUUACGGCGCACUCCAGCCGAAUUAUGGAACGAUCAUCUUGUUCAUGUAACGACUCAAAGUUUCGAUCCAAGCACACGUAAGGCAUGGAAUUUGCGCUCGAGCGACAGUGGCUCAUUGCCAACGUUCGACGAGCUCGAUCAGUUCCUAGCGGGACGUAUUCGCGCAUUGGAAGACUUUUCGCAGAGCGCUCCCAGCAAGUCGACAAUUAAGUCCGCCUCGGUUUCUCGCGUGCAUGUGGCAACCGCGUCCACCUCGGCGCGAUCGCCCUGUCCGAUCUGUAAAGCGCCUCAUUAUCUCAGCACGUGUCCGUCGUUGGCGCGCGCAUUUCCGGAGCAACGACGCGAGCUCGUUAAAAAACAUCGCCGUUGUUUCAAUUGCAUGGGACAAAAUCAUUCAGGAGUGCAGGAGUGUCAAAGUAAAUAUUCUUGUCGGCGAUGCCAACAGCGGCAUCAUUCUCUCCUUCACGUUGCUUCGGAAGCCCGCGCGAGCCUUACGCCUGAAACUUCGAGAUCGGAGCGAGCGCCGGGCUCAUCCAAUGCAGUCGCGGAGGUGCACACUCUGCUCACCUCCUCGAGAGCAAGUCAUCACGUCCCCGUGCUUCUUGCCACUACUCGCGUUCGAGUGAGUUCGUCGUGCGGACGAGUCGUCACUAUUCGUGCGCUUCUAGACCAGGGCUCGGAAAUGAUGUUCGUGACAGAAAAUUUAGCUCAGAUGUUGCGCGCGAAGCAUCAUCGUAUGCCGAUCUCUGUCUCCGCCGUCGGCGGUAUCAGCGCGGGUCAUUAUAAGUAUGCAAUCGAGGUCUCUGUCUCGUCUGUGAGCUCUCCGCACCCGGCAUUCACGACCACCGCCGUUAUUUUAAAGUCACUCACGUCAUACGCUCCGAGACAAACGGUUGACGCGCGGUGUUUACAACAUUUAUCUGAGCUGCCAUGGGCGGACCCGAAUCCUUUCAACGGCGAUCCGAUCGAUAUUCUUAUCGGCGCAGACCUUUACAGCGAAAUUCUUCGCGACGGGAUACAGCCGGACUGCCCGUCGCGCAAAACACCGCGCUCGGCUGGAUAAUCUCCAGGCCGAUUGACAUGACCGAGAGCGUGAAGUCGUCGAUCUCGUCACGAGACGCUCUCGCUUCAUCUCGCGGCAUAGCGUCGGUUUGUCACUACGUAGAGUCGCCGACGCUCGAUCUGGAGCUUCGGCGGUUUUGGGAGGUCGAGGAGGUUCCGCACAUAUCUCUUCGCUCCCCUGAGGACACAAAAUGUGAGGAGCAUUUUGAGUCCACGCAUUCACGAGAGUCGAGCGGAAGAUAUAUAGUGCGAUUACCUUUUAAAUGCAAUCCUCCGAUCGACAUCGGUCAUUCGCGUUCUCGCGCUCAACAUUGUCUCGCGUCUCUUUCUCGUCGAUUGCGGCAGAAUUCGGAGCAGCACCAGGCGUACUACGACUUUUUGCGCGAAUACGAGGCUCUCGGUAACAUGAGGCGCGUACGUGAGUCUACGGACUCGUCCGAAUUCGACCAAGUUUUCUUUGUUCCGCAUCAUCCGGUUUUUCGCGCUCAUAGUUUGACAACAAGCUUACGCGUUGUUUUUAACGCAUCGAGCCCGACCUCAAACGAUUCAAGCCUGAACGAUCAUUUGCUGGCCCGAAACUUCAAGCGGAAUUACCAUCUGUGAUUCUGCGGUGGCGACAAUUUAAAUAUGUCUAUUCAGCAGGCAUUGCAAAAAUGUACCGGCAGAUUAAGGUCGAUUCUCGCGAUCCGAAUUAUCAACGCAUUCUAUGGGCCGAGAAUCCUUGCGAGCCAACGAUAGAAUUUGAACUUUUGACCGUUACCUAUGGCAUGACGUGCGCCCCGUUUCUUGCGCUUCGCGUUCUCAAGUAGCUGACUCUCGAUGAAGGAGGUGACUUUCCACUCGCUGUGGCCGUCCUAAAAAAUAAUGUCUACGUGGAUGAUGUGUUAUUUGGGGGAAACAACAUCACCGACGUAUUGCUGAUCCGCGAUCAAGUCAUCUCACUUCUUAGCCGCGGCGGGUUCGAAUUGAGAAAGUGGUCCAGCAACUCGCCGGAGCUACUCCGCCACAUCGAUGAAUCCAAUCACGGCUUAGCGUGCUCGAAAUCACUCGCGGCCGACGAAACAAUAAAGAUCCUCCGAAUUAUUUGGCUUCCUUCCAUCGACCAAUUCCAAAUCGGCGUAUCGCUGCCCGAAAGCGUUCCGAAAAGCAAACGCUCCAUUUUCUCUCGACUAUCGCAAAAUUGUAUGACUCAUUAGGUUGGGUCACACCAGUCACAAUUACAGCGAAGAUUUUCAUGCAACACUUGUGGCAACAGAAAUUCGGUUGGGACGAGACGCUUCCUCCCACAAUGUUGGAGCGAUGGCAACAAAUUUACACCGGUCUUUCGGGUCUCGACGGCUUGCGGGUUCCGCGUUGGACGGGUUUUGACGACGCCGUGCAUCAUUGCGAGCUGCACGGAUUCGCGGACGCCUCUAAUUCUGCUUACGCGGCCGUCGUUUACCUAAAGAUUAUUUCUCCGUCUAAUCACGUGAACAUCACGCUUCUCGCUGGCAGAUCGAAGGUCGCCCCGCUUAAGCCGUUAAGCAUCCCGCGUCUCGAUCCGUUAUCGACCGCUGUGCUUCUCGCUCAUCUUGUCGAAUUCGUUUGCUUAUCGCUCGACCUCAAGUCCGUGCCGUGUUAUUGUUGGUCGGAUUCAACACAAUCACCUUGACGUGGCUCUCUCAACAUCCGUCGCGAUGGAAGGUUUUUGUGGCGCAUCGCAUCGCCGAAGUGCAAACGCGUAUCCCAAGCGCGCAGUGGCGUCACGUUCCCACGACAAUCCCGCGGAUUGUGCUUCGCGCGGUUUGCUGGGUCACAACAUUUUGAACCAAUCAUUGUGGUGGCGAGGUCCAUCAUGGCUUUCGCAAUCGGUUAACGCAUGGCCACCCCUUUUCACGUAUGCAGCCGAUGCCGCGGCCCUGAAAGAAAAACUCGUCGUCUUGCAUAUAUCUGAGCCGCUUCAAUCGUGGGAUCUAUUCUCGCGUUUUUCAUCAUGGCCGAAACUGCUUCGCGUCGUCGCCUAUAUACAACGAUUCGCGUCUGCGUGUCGUCGCGGUAAGCUUUCCACUCCUAACGCGGAAAGUCCCGGACAAGCGCUUACCGCUGUGGAAUGCUCAAAUGCUCGAACAUUUAUUUUGAAACACGUCCAAAUGGAGCUCUUUUGGAACACAAUUCGAACUCUCCGCAAAAAUCAAGAGCUCCCAUCAAAUGACCCGCUUCUCUCUCUUCGUCCAUUCUUAGAUCGUGACGGGAUUGUUCGUGUUGGCGGGCGGAUAUCUCGAGCACCCCUUCCGUUCGAGACGCGGCAUCUAAUCUUGCUGGCAUUGCAUCGCCUGACGAAGCUCAUAAUCAACCACGCGCACCUUCGUACGUUGCACGCCGGAAUCCAGCUCACGAUGGGCAUACUUCGGCGCGAUUUUUGGAUCAUUCAAGCGCGAAGCCUCGUUCGGGAACAAAUUCAUCAAUGCAUCGCGUGCGUUAACGAGCGAGCCGCGAUGUCCACUCAACUAAUGGGCGACCUGCCAAAGGAAAGAGUGUCCGCUCCGACGCGCAGCUUUAUUCAUUGCGGACUUGAUUAUGCUAGACCGGUUUUCAUUCGCGUUUCCGCUGGGCGCGGAAUCGUCUCGCACAAAGCAUAUAUCGCGCUAUUUAUCUGUUUAGCAACACGCGCAAUACAUCUCGAGCUUGUCGUGGAUUAUUCAGCUCAAGCAUUUUUAAACGCUUUCUCUUGCUUCUCCGCGCGUCACGGUCUCCCCGCCAUCAUGUACUCCGACAACGGGACGAAUUUCGUCGGGGCCGAGAGAGAACUCGCAUCUGCUUAUCGUGCCGCGCUUCGCGAUGCAAAUUUUCAAAAUCGUACGGCUACUGAUGGAAUCACGUGGAGAUUCAUUCCCCCUUCCGCUCCACAUUUCGGCGGACUGUGGGAAGCCGGCAUAAAGAGCGUGAAACAUCAUGUGGGUCGCUCGCUCAAGAAUCAAACACUCACGUUCGAAGAAUUCACCACUCUUCUAUGCCAAAUCGAAGCAUGCCUUAAUUCACGGCCGAUUGCGCCGCUAUCUGAUACGCUCGACGAUUACGAGCCCCUCACUCCCGGUCAUUUCUUGAUCGGAUCUGCGCUUACGGCAAUCCCGGAGCCUUCAUUGUUAGAUCUGAAUGAGCAACGGCUGACUCGGUGGCAGCUCAUUCGACAAUUAGCUGAGAGAUUUUGGAGGCUCUGGUACGCCGACUACGUAAAUUCGCUUCAACAGCGCAAUAAGUGGCGGUAGGUCAAGCCUGCAAUCAGAGUCGGACAACUGGUCCUUCUUAAAAAUACAGCGCUCCCCCCGUGUAAAUGGGAGUUAGGUCGCGUUACGCAUUGCCACCCAGGCGCCGACAGAUUCGUGCGAGUCGUGACAGCUCGGACGGCGAGCUCAGAGUAUACGCGUCCUAUUGUAAAGCUGUGUGCCCUCCCCGUUGAUUGCGCACAGCCCUAAUCGGCGCAUGUAAUAAUGUUAAUUGAAACCGCGAUUUCAAGGCGGGCGGAAUGUUCACGCGCCCCACACAUGAACAGCUAGUUUUAAGUUUUUUUUUGUCAUAAUAAAGCUAUUGGGUCGACUCAACGAUGCGGGGAUCAGCGACAAGGAAACGAGAUGUUGUCGCGAGCAUGUUUGUUUGUGCCAUACGUUUCGAGCAUGUGCCACGCGCGUCUCACGUGUGUAAACAAUGCUCCGCUUCGCGACUCACCACAUAUCCAUAUAGAAAAAGCGGGUAACGUGUCGCGAAGUCGAGCCAAUCUAAAAGGACCGCGUGUGGCUAACGACUCUGGGACGAAUUUGCUCCGUUUUUCAAGAUCAGUCACGCAAUUCUCAGAAUGCUGAUCGCACCGCAUCUUGAGACCACCUUUUCUUUCUUUGCUGCCGAUUCGGCGCUCAUCCGAUUUAUAUUCGGAAUCGGAAUCGGUCGCAAGGGCGAAGCUGCGACAGCAAUCACGCGAAAAGGCCACGUGCGCGCCCUUUUCGCCUUUCCGUCAGUUAUUGUAAUUGUAAUUGUGAUCCGCCGAUUCGGCGUAAAGGUUGGAUCGGUCGUUCAAGCCGCCAAGAAGAUUUCCGGUCGUAACGCGGCAAGAUUUCCAUUCGAAAACCUCCAACGGCGCGAGCCAACUCGAAUCACAAUUGUUAAAGAAUAAAGUUUCGCGUGUGUUUAACAUUUUGAUCUCGCUCCAUUUUCGUCACGCUCACUCGCUCUUGUGUCCACUCCCGCGCUUCGUACGAAGCGGCUCCCGGCGUUCGUUCGCCUCCUCUCGGCGCGAACACAACGAAGUAGGCGCAAAGAAAAAAACUUUAUUCCGCGUGUCUGACAACAACGGCACGCUCGCAACGACGGAAAGACGCACGCAAGAAAACCGCUAUACAAAUCGCUCGCAAUAACAACAAACGCUCACAAAGACAAGGACACGCCGAUAUAGUAACGGCGCGUACCGAUCACGCAUCGGCGCACGUGAUCGUCGAGUGCAACGCAUAGCGCGCACGUGAACGGGCGCGGCGCAAAAGGCAUGCGAUGCAAGAAAACGCGCGGGCGCGCUGGGCGCGGAAGCGCGUGUGCAAAGAUGCGCUUGAGAAAAGUCCGCGGCGAAAAGCACUCGCAGGGACGAUCGCAAGAGGACGCACCCGCAGAGAAGUACGUGAAAUGACGCAUUUGUGGAAAAGUACACGAAGUCGCACUCGCGGCGUACGCGGUGCGGCACGCUCGCGGAGAAGUUCGCGAAGGGGCGAACCUCGCUGACAUAUGACAGAACGAGACGAGACUCACCGAAAGUCGACGGCCUGCACGCGACGGCGGGUCGGCGGUGCAGGCGCUAACGAGAGAACUGUCUGUUUCAGUUGGAGGGAUGCUGAAGUCGUCAACGAACUUGCAAAGCGUCGAUAACGUAGAGGCGAUCGUCAAAAAGUAGGGAAUGUUAUCAUCUGUUAUCGACGUUAGUGAAUUUUGACUUCGGACAAAUGUGUGUGUGCAUUGUCAUUUCGACUUUUCUACACACAGAUGAAUUCUUAUAUGAAUGUAAAUGCGACGCUGCCGAUAUUUGCCUUCUCUCCGAAAUGUGCAUUUUGCUGCUGCUUCUCGGAUUCUUCGACUCGCUGAUAUAUAUAUACAGUGUAAUAUAAUAAAGAAUAAUUUGAGCAAUGAAUAUUAUUACAAGAAAAUGAUUCUUCAGAAACAGUAUGCUUGUUUUCACGUAAAUCGACUUCUCACUUUAUCGUGUCAGCGACUUCUUUUUGUCAAGUUUACGUCGCACUAACAGUACGGAAACGUUUUCGUACAGUGAAUAUUCCUGCCAAAAUAAAGCGGAGUAUUACAAAUCAUCCGAAAAAAGCGAUGGGAAACUAUUGCGAAUAGGACAGGAGUGAACUACAGUCCAGAAAAUGGUCGAAUUGAUGAAACAGGACCAACAAGGACCGACAACGCACUGGCAGACCAAAAUUAGCAACAAACUUGGAUAACAGUUUCGAAGUGAUGCAAACAUUUGUCGAAAAUCUUCAUUCUACUUUGAGGAAAGCAGCACAGGCGCAUGAGAUUAGUACAAUAUCCAUUUAUCGUAUUUUAGUGAAAGAGAAAUGGCAUCCUUUCA